AUGUCCACCGUUAGUCCAUUCUCCAGCAAAGAUUCUUUCGCCACUGCGCUCGAGGCUGUCUUGAAUAGUCCCGAUGCCUCACUCGAAGCCGCACUCUUGAACAUCUACACCAAGGAAUCCGUCAUCACCGUGAACCAAAAACGGAUGACAUGGGAUGAGUUUCUCCCUUAUUUGGAGGCCAUACGCGCCAGAUUAGCGUCUGUUGAGAUCAAAUCGCAUCACCUUUUGCGGGAUGGAAACAUGUUUUCGGAAAGACACACUGCUUACGGACACGGAAAAGAUGGUACGGAGACUGGUGCGGAAGCGAUGCUUAUGGGCGAGUUGAACGAAGACGGCAAGGCGAUUUGGUUGGAGGAGAUUGCUGUUCUCAGGUCGGAUGCGGACUCGGCUUCCUCCGAGGCAUCAUAG